AUGAAAAUGUACAAAGUGGGGUGUGACCUGCCAGGAAAGUAUCGAGUUGCGUUGGAUAGUGAUGCUUGGGAAUUUGGUGGCCAUGGAAGAGUGGCUCAUGAUGUGGACCAUUUUACAUCUCCUGAAGGAGUUCCAGGUAUGCCUGAAACUAAUUUCAACAAUCGCCCUAAUUCUUUCAAAGUACUGUCACCAGCUCACACAUGUGUGGUUUAUUACAAAGUGGACGAAAGUCUAAAAGAAACUAAUGAUGCAAUCUUAAGCGGUGUCGAUGAGAUGCUAAAAGUUGAUGCAUCAAAGCAGGAGAAUGUUGAAGAGUCGACUAUCUUGGUUGCUCAUGGAGCUGAAGAAAAUCCAGGAGAAACUAAUGACAGUCACUCUGCCUGUGUUGAUGAGAAAUCGCAAAAAUUUCAGGCAAAGCAGGAAAGUAAUGAAGAGCGAGCUUCUGUGGUAGACAAAAUUAUUUCUGCAAGUUAGCUAGACGAUCCUGAA